CCGCUCCCUCGGCACGGUUCCCUUUCCGUGCUCUGCUUCCCUCCGCGCGCCCUCCGUUCGGUUCUCCCAUCUCUCCUGCGGGGCUCUCAGCAGGCUGGGCCGGCUGCGGGUCUCGAGUCCUUUGUGGCUUCUCACAAACGUGGUCCUGGAGCGGCCGUUCUCGGUUAUUUGUAUCCCUGCGUGGCCCCGUUCGUGGCGGGGGAGGUGUGCGAGAUGGCCGUUACCUCCCAGCUCAGUCGAUUUUAUGAUCAGAACACGGGGAUCGUUGAGUCCAACCCCGGUGUCCACACAGCACCACGCAAAGCCCAAACCCAAUCUGUGCUAUGAAGCUUUGCGUACAGAUGUGCGGAUCUGCACCUCUGGAUUGCAUCUCAGUGUCUGCGGAGCUGUUUUAUAGCACUGUGUUUGUCUCUGAUGGGGCCGUGUGAGCUGAGAGCCCCAUCGGACAAAGCACACGUUGGUAGCAGUACGACAGGGCUGUAUUGCUGUCUCCCUCAGGCUAUUGAGGACGAAGGAGGAGAUCCGGAUGAAAUUCCCAUGGCUUCAGAACUGACCAACAAGAGGCUGUCAAAAAGAAUGAGCAAAGGAAGAAAAUCAGAAGAGGAAGGGGUGGAAGACAAUGGGCUAGAAGAAAACUCCAGAGAUGGGCAGGAGGAUAUUGAAGCAAGCCUGGAUACCUUACAAGACAUAGACAUGAUGGAUAUUAGUGUGCUAGAUGAGGCUGAAAUAGACAACAGCAGUGCUGUAGACUGUGGAGAAGACUAUAGUCCUGAUAACAUUCUGGACUCACUGUCUGAUAAUAAAGACAAUGUUGAUGCUGAAAUGAAAGAACUUCCAGAUCAGCUAACAGAAAAUGAGGAAGAUUAUGAUGAAAUUGAAAACAAUGUAGAUUCCUCUUCUGAUUUAAUUGAAAUGAAGAAAAUGGAGAAACUACACUUGGAGCCAGAAAAUGAGAAAAUACUCGACAUUUUGGGGGAAACUUGUAAAUCUGAGCUCCUUAACGAAGAAACCUCCGAAGCGGAGCAGCCACAUGCACAGGAAGCAAGUAACGUGGUGCCAGGCAAGAGGCUAGCAGAGGAAGAGGACGCUCUUGCUGCCGCUCAGUCGGAGGAAGAUGCUUUAGAUUUGGACAGCAAAUCGGCACAAGCUAUGGCAAGGAAGGAGGCAAAGCGUUUAGUUGUAGCGAAAGGGGAGACAAGUGAACAGACAAUAGAGGAAGAGAAGCUGGACUCUGACUCUGUAGGAGUAGAGAGCGUAAGCGAUCAGAGUAGCAAGCGCUGCCAAGGCCUGGAAGCCUCUAGUGGGGAAACAGCGGAGAGAGGCGCAGGUGCGGAAGGCAAAGAUAGCAAAGAAGAUGCCAAGAAAACAGAAGACAAAGCUAAUUCAGAGGAAUCCCCCGCUACUAAAGAGUCCUCAGCCAGUGAGGGCGGUGAUCAGAAAAAGAGGUUUGUUUUUUCUCCGUUAUAGACCAGAUGCUAUCUUUUGUCACGGGUC